ACAGGUAUAUUAGUUGUGUAAAAAGGGGCGUUCCGUGUGAAAGUGAUCAGUUUUGAUUGACGGCUCUGCCCGUCGAGUUACUUUGUUGCUCGGAAACGGCUCCUCUGACAGAUUUUUUUUUUUUUUAUUAUUUAUUUUUACACUAACGGGAAAACGUAAACCGUAUUCAAACAACAGACUUUGGAGGAUACGUUAACCAGCCGGGGGAGAAAAAAACAAACAAACAAACAAACCCCGGGGUCGCGUUGAGGAGACUUUGCGUCGGCGGUUUAGAAAAAAGAGAAGAAGAAAAAAAAAAAAAACUAAGUUGGCCCAGCUAGCGGGAGCUAGCUAGAGCUAGCUUAGUUAGCUCGUUAGCUCGGCUCAGUGCUCCGCGGCACCGAGGCGAAGGGUUACGUCUCUCUCCCUCCCUCUCUCUCUCUCUCUCUCUCUCUCUCUUUCUGCGGCAGCAACAACUUGAGAGGGGAGCCCCGUCCUCUCCAUGGCGAGACGAGUCGGUCCACAAAGGCGAGGACACGGUAAGCUCAUCGGGAGAGUUGAUCACGAACCGAUAACUUCUACGUGCUUUAAAAAAAAGAGAGAGAGAGAGAGAGAGAGAGAGAAGAAGAGAUCAUUCAACUUAACGUCGGUGAGUUGCUGUUCAACGGAAAGAAGGGUGUUUUUUUUUUACUGCAUUUAAACACCGGUGAGAUACCGGAGAUGUGGUAAAAGACGGUCAACUUAUUUUAAGAAAAUACCAAAAUUCAUGUAAAAAAAAGGUGGCAAUGCGAUGACAGCGACGUCUCUUUUGGCACGAUGCACGGAGCCGGAGUCCUGUGACCGCGGGAGGCUGACCGAUACGUGCACCCGAGAGGGCGGAAUGGCGCGUGCAAACGUCACACCGAGGCGAUAGUCCGGCCAGGAAAUCGGAGGAAACCUGACAAACGUUAAAAAGGCUUCUCUGCAACCCAGCAGCUUGCGUGGACGCGUGCGUGCGUGCGUGCGUGCGUUCGUGCGUGUGUGUGUGUCUGUGCGUGCACGCGUGUGCUCUCGGAAGUGCCCAUGGCGGAGUUCGGGGAGGACGGCGACCCGCCUCCAUUGCAUCCCGGGGACACGGCCGUGCCCGGCGCGGCAAAGGCGCGUUGCGAGGGGUCGGUCCUGAAUGGAGACUGCGGGAUAGUGGACAACACGGUCGGUUCGGGGUCCCUCGUCGCGACCGGGGGCCAAGCCGCGGGGGACGCCUCCAGCGCCUUCGCCGGACCGGACGCCAAGUGUGAAAUCCCGCGCAGGAGCAGCAUAAUCAAGGACGCCUCAAGACAGCGCAAAGAAAGAAAGAAGACGGUGUCAUUCAGCAGCAUGCCCACGGAGAAGAAGAUCAGCAGUGCGAGCGACUGCAUCGGUGCGAUGGUGGACGGCUCUGAGCUGAAGAAGGUGCGGUCCAAUUCCCGCGUCUACCACCGCUACUUCUUCCUGGAAGCCGACAUGCAGUCUCUGAGAUGGGAGCCCACCAAGAAGGAGUCAGAAAAGGCCAAGAUUGACGUGAAAUCCAUCAAGGAGGUGCGGACGGGCAAAAACACGGACACUUUUAGAACCAACGGGACCUACGAUCAGAUAUCGGAGGACAGCGCCUUCUCGGUCAUCUUCGGGGAGAACUACGAGUCACUGGACUUGGUGGCAAACACUGCAGAUGUGGCCAACAUCUGGGUGACGGGGCUGAGGUACCUGAUCUCCUACGGGAAGCACACCUUGAACAUGAUAGAAAGCACUCAGAACAACAUGCGCUCAUCUUGGCUUGGCGAGCUGUUCGACGAGGCGGGCGGCAACAACAACAACAACAGCAGCAGAAAAAUAUCGCUGUGUGCUGCCGUGCAGCUCGUCAAGAAGUUGAACCCCGGACUUAAAAAUGUGAAAAUAGAACUGAAGUUCAAAGAGCUCCACAAAGCCAAGGACAAAGCGGGAUGUGACGUGACCAAAGAGGAGUUCAUUGAGGUCUUUCAUGAUCUUUGCACUAGACCAGAGAUAUAUUUUCUCUUUGUUCAGUUCUCCAGCAACAAAGAGUUUCUGGACACCAAGGACUUAAUGAUAUUCCUGGAGGCGGAGCAGGGGACGGCACAAGUCAGCGAAGACACCAGCUUGGAGGUGGUUCAGAAAUACGAACCGUCUAAAGAGGGCCAGCUCAGGGGUUGGCUUUCCCUCGAUGGCUUCACCAACUACCUGAUGUCUCCGGAGUGCCAGCUCUUCGACCCUGAACAGAAAGCCGUUUGCCAGGACAUGAACCAGCCCAUGUCCCACUACUACAUCAACGCAUCCCACAACACGUAUCUGAUCGAGGAUCAGUUCAGAGGCCCCUCCGACGUGACGGGCUACAUCCGCGCCCUCAAGAUGGGCUGCCGCAGCGUGGAGCUGGACGUCUGGGACGGGCCCGACAACGAACCGGUGAUCUACACCGGUCACACCAUGACGACGCAGAUCGCCUUCCGCAGCGUCGUCGACGUCCUCAACAAGUACGCCUUCGUCGCCUCCGAGUUCCCGCUGCUGCUGUGUCUGGAGAACCACUGCUCGCUGCAGCAGCAGAGGGUCAUGUUUCAGCACCUGAAGAAGAUCCUCGGCGACAAGAUCCACGUCGAGCCCCCCAAACCCGAGGACUGUUACCUCCCCUCUCCCUCGGCGCUGAGGGGAAAGAUCCUGCUCAAGGGCAAGAAGCUGAGCACCGCUUGCACCGCUUCGGAAGGCGAGGUGACGGACGAGGACGAGGGGGCGGAAAUGUCCCAGAGGUUGAGCAUCGAGACGCCGGAGCAGCAGCAGCAGCAGCAGCAGACGGUCGCCCCCCCGAAGAAGUUCCAGCUGUCGAAGGACCUCUCCGAUCUGGUGACCCUGUGCAAGUCGGUGGAGUUCAAAGACUUCCCCACGUCCUUCCAGAGCCAGAAGCAGUGGGAGCUGUGCUCCUUCAACGAGGUCUUCGCCACGCGCUGCGCCAGCGACUUCCCGGGCGACUUCGUGAACUACAACAAGAAGUACCUCGCGCGGGUCUAUCCCAGCCCCAUGCGCAUCGACUCCAGCAACAUGAACCCGCAGGACUUCUGGAAGUGCGGUUGCCAGAUUGUGGCGAUGAACUACCAGACGCCCGGCCUGAUGAUGGACCUGAACAUCGGCUGGUUCCGUCAGAACGGGAGCUGCGGCUACGUGCUGCGGCCGGCCAUCAUGAGGGAGCACGUGUCCUACUUCAGCGCCAACACCAAAGACUCCGUGCCCGGUGUUUCCCCGCAGCUCCUGCACAUCAAGAUCAUCAGCGGGCAAAACCUGCCCAAGCCCAAAGGCUCGGGCGCCAAGGGGGACGUAGUGGACCCGUACGUGUACGUGGAGAUACACGGCAUCCCGGCCGACUGCGGCGAGCAGAGGACCAAGACGGUCAACCAGAACGGCGAGAACCCCCUGUUCGACGAGAGCUUCGAGUUCCAGAUCAACCUCCCCGAGCUCGCCAUGGUGCGCUUCGUGGCGCUGGACGACGACUACAUCGGCGACGAGUUCAUCGGCCAGUACACCAUCCCCUUCGAGUGCCUCCAGCCGGGCUUCCGGCACGUGCCGCUGCAGUCCCUGACCGGCGAGGUGCUGCCGCACACCUCGCUGUUCGUCCACGUGGCCGCAACCAACCGGAGGGGGGGCGGCAAACCGCACAAAAGGGGGCUGUCCGUGCGGAAGGGCAAGCGGAGCAGGGAGUACGCCAGCAUGCGGGUGCUGUCGAUCAGGGCCGUGGACGACGUCUUCAAGGCGGCCGUGCUGCCGCUGAGGGAGGCGACGGACCUCAGAGAAAACGUGCAGAAUGCCAUCGUGUCCUUUAAAGAGCUGUGCGGCCUUUCAGCAGUGGCCAACCUGAAGCAGUGCAUCCUGGCCCUUUCUCCUCGACUCACCGGAGCCGACAACAGCCCCCUUCUGGUGUUCAACCUCGCUGACCAGUACCCCAACCUGGAGCCCCAGGGCCUGCUACCAGAGUUCCUGAAGAAAGUAGUCACCACCUACGAAACGGUGAUCCAGACCAGCAAGACUCUGCUGGAGAGCUACGAGGGGGUCUAUGAGCGAAUUCUGCAAACCCAAAAAGCCGGGAUGGAGUUUCACGAGAACAUCCACGACUCGGCGGUGAGGGAGGGGCUGAAGGGGCGCAAGCUGCACAAGGCAGUGGAGAGCUUCACCUGGAACAUCACCAUACUGAAGGGCCAGUUAGACCUACUGAAGCACGCGAGGAACGAGGUCCAGGAGAACCUCAAGCAGAUCCACUACGCCGCCCUGACCAGCAACCUGAGCAAAGGCGGCCCGCAGGGGGGCCCUGAGUCCAAGGGCAGGCGCAGCCUGGAGGCCAUCCCCGAGAAGGCCACGGCGGAGGAGGAGCUCACCGACGAGGACAACUAGAGACACCGCCACCCCCCCACCCCCCCUCUGAGUUCAGACUGCGGGACUGAAGGGAGACAUUUGCCCCGCGUGUGAUAUGCCGCCCGGCCAUGAGACGCCAUGAGACGCACACACAGGCCUUUAUCAAAGUGCCAGACCCCCCCC